AAAAAACAGACGAGAUUCUCUUCUAUAUAUAGAUUUCUCUUGCCACUCUCUCCAACUCCACUCUCCAUCGAAUCUUGACGACGAAGAUGGACGAUCCCGUCACCAAGAAGCUCAAAUCAACCCCCGGGACGGUAGAUGACGUCAUCUCGAUACUCAUGCCAUACGUAACCGACCCCAAAGACCGCGCAUCCGCAUCCCUAGUCAACCCGUUAUGGUUCAAAGCAGACUCCGAGACGAGAGAGCACGUGACCAUAGCCUUCUGCUACGCCUCUUCCCCUCACCGUCUCAGCCGAAGGUUCCCGAAUCUGAGGUCUCUCAAGCUCAAAGGGAAGCCACGUGCCGCUAUGUUCAACCUCGUCCCCGAGAAUUGGGGAGGGUUUGCGACCCCUUGGGUUAACGAGAUUGCCUUGUCGCUGCGGAGGAUCAGGUCUGUGCAUUUCAGGAGGAUGAUUGUGAGUGAUUUGGAUCUUGAUGUUUUGGCUAGAGCGAGGGGUGAUGAGCUUGAGGUUUUGAAGCUUGAUAAGUGCUCUGGGUUCUCUACUGAUGGGAUCUUGAGUGUCGUUAAACACUGCAGGAAGAUCAAAACGUUGUUGAUGGAUGAGAGUUCUAUUUUUGAAAAAGAUGGUAAAUGGCUACACGAGCUUGCUCUCCACAACACGUCUCUCGAGGUUUUAAACUUUUACAUGACUGAGUUAACAAUACUCAGCCGCCAAGACUUGGCAAUGAUAGCUAGGAAUUGCCACCGCUCUCUGGUCUCUGUGAAGGUCGGUGAGCUUGAGAUGUUGGAUCUAGUCGGCUUCUUUAACGCUGCAGUUAACCUUGAAGAGUUUUUUAGUGGCGCCUUGAAUGAAAAUGUUGGGGACCCUGACAAGUACACGAACCUGACUUUCCCUCCAAAGCUUUGCCGUCUGGGCCUCUCUUACUUGGGAGCAAACCAAAUGCCAAUAGUGUUUCCAUUCGCUGCACAAAUCCGGAAGCUGGAUCUGCUCUAUGCGUUUCUCGGAACUGAUGAUCAUUGUAAACUAAUCCAAAAGUGUCCUAAUUUGGAAGUUCUUGAGACGAGGAGGAAUGUAAUCGGAGAUAAGGGUCUAGAGGCUCUUGCGCAGUACUGUAAGAGGUUGAAGCGGCUGAGGAUUGAACGGGAAGAAUAUGAACAAGGGAUGGAGGACGAAGGAGGUUUAGUCACACAAAGAGGAUUAAUAGCUUUGGCUCAGAGCUGCCAUGAGCUUAAAUACUUGGCGGUGUAUGUCACAGACAUAACCAACGAGUCUCUCGAAACCGUAGGCACACAUCUGAAAAACCUCAUCGACUUCCGCCUCGUCUUGCUCCACCAGAAAAAGAAAAUAACAGAUUUGCCACUAGACAACGGAGUCAGAUCACUGUUGAUGGGAUGCAAGAAACUCAGACGGUUUGCGCUCUAUCUCAGACAAGGCGGCUUAACGGACGUGGGGUUAAGAUACAUAGGAGAGUACAGUCAAAACGUGAGGUGGAUGCGUCUUGGUUACGUUGGUGAAACAGACCAAGGACUGAUGGAAUUUGCAAGAGGGUGUCCGAAGCAGCUGCAGAAGCUGGAGAUGAAAGGAUGUUGCUUCAGCGAGAGAGGAAUCGCUGCAGCGUUGAUGAAGUUACGUUCGCUGAGAUACUUGUGGGUACAAGUGUAUGGAGCUUUAGUGACGGGACAAGAUGUGAGGGUGAUGUCUAGACCGUACUGGAAUAUAGAGCUGAUUCCGGAUAGAAAAAUCCCGCAAGUGGAUUGGAUGGGAGAGGUAAGGGAUGUGGAGCAGCCGGCUCAUAUACUUGCGUAUUACUCACUGGCUGGUCAGAGAACAGAUUGUCCACCAACUGUUAUGAGUCCUGAGGGAGCUAUGAUGAUGUUUGAUGAUGCAAAUCAGGCUUGCGUACUAAAAGUCGAUCUAAAUAGUUGUUCCGGUUGCCCAAACAACGCAAAGGCAAAGCUACUGAGUCUCUCCGGCGUGACAGCAGUGGAGUAUAACGAAGAAGAAGGGCUCAUGACAAUCACAGGAGACGUGGACCCUAUGACUCUCGUUCAGAAACUUACAAAAUGUAAAAAAAAAGCAGAGCUUGUGUCUGUAAAUUACAUGCCUGAUGUUGAUCUCACAAGCAGCGAUGAAGAAGACGAAGAAGAUGAGGAUGAGGAUGAGGAUGAAGACGACACUUGUUCUGAUGACACUUGUUCAAAUCCUGAUCCAAGACCAAUGGAACGUGCGUCGCAAGUAAAUACGAGGCCCACUAAUACUAUAAAGAAGAAGGAAGGGAUGCUAAGGAAGUAUCUUAUGUUAGGGUGUUUACGCAGGAAACCAAAAGUUGUAGAGCCUUUUCCAUUGGCAAAGAGAAUGUUCGGGUCAACAAGGUUUGGGAAUGGUACUUUUGAUCAUGGCAAUGCUAGGCGACCUCCUCCACCUACGUUGAAUCCACUUUUACAAUAUCAAAUGAUGAUGCAACAAGGACAACCACAGUUUCAGAUGAAUGGAUCAGUACCACCGAUGCAUAUGAAUAUGAUCCAGCAGCAGCAGUCACAAAAUACACCAUAUCAUUGGCAAAUAGAUCCACAAUACAAAGCUAUGUUCCCACAGCCACAGCCACUGAAACCUGAUCCCAAAAUGUCGGCCAAUAGUGGUCUACAUUACUCCGGCAAGUGAUUCCCGACCGCUUUGAGCCCACCUAGCUAGGCUGCUACUACUUAUUCUGUUGAUUGUGUCCUUAAACGUUAUUAUUAUACUAAAGCAAACGAAUGUCAAUUUUAGUGGACUUGUUGUUCUCCUUUUGCACUGAACAUUUAUUUUUU